AUGACUUCAGAAUUCCUGGUGAACAUACAGGAGGAGGACCCCAUUUGCCUGGAGCUUCUGACAGAACCGCUGAGCCUUGACUGUGGCCACACCUUCUGCCAAGCCUGCAUCACUGCAAACAACAAGGAAUCCGUGAUUGGCCAAGAGGGGGAGAGGAGCUGUCCUGUGUGCAGAACCAGUUACCAGUCUGGGAACCUGCGGCCUAAUAAGCAUGUUGCCAACAUAGUGGAGAAGCUCAGAGAGGUCAAGCUGAGCCCGGAGGUGGAGCAAAAGAGAAAUCUGUGUGUGCAGCAUGAAGAAAAACUCCUGCUCUUCUGCGAGAAGGAUAAGGAGGUCAUUUGCUGGGUUUGUGAGCGAUCUCAGAAGCACCGUGGUCACCAUACGUUGCUCGUGGAGGAGGUUUCCCAGGAGUACCAGAAGAAACUUCAGGUAGCUUUGGUGAGGCUGAGGGAGGAGCAGCAGGAAGCUGAGAAGAUGGAAGUUCAAGUCAGAGAAGAGAUCGCUACCUGGAAGAGUCGAAUAGAACAUGAGAGACAAAAUGUCCAGGAGGAGUUUAAAAAACUGAGAGGUAUCCUGGCCAGUGAGGAGGUGAAGGAAUUGUAAAAGCUGAAGAAUGAGGAGGGAUUGAUUCUAAGUAACCUGGCCAGUUCUGAGUAUGAGCUGGUCCAGCAGAGCCAGUUGGUGAGAGAUCUUAUCUCUGAUCUGGAGCAUCGUUUGCAGGGGUCAACAGUGGACAUGCUGCAGGAUGUGAAUGACAUCAUGAAAAGGAGUGAGAACUUGACUGUGAAGAAGCCAAAAAGUUUUUCCAAGGAGCAAAGUAGAGUUUUUCGAGCUCCUGAUCUGAGAGACAUACUGCGCGUGUUUAAUGAGCUGACAGACAUGCAACGCUACUGGGUUCACGUGACCCUGAAUCCUGUCAAGCUUAAAAAAGAUGUUAUUUCUGCGGAUCAGAGACAAGUGAAGCACAAGUUUAUUCUGGAACAAUAUAAUACAUAUCGGAAUGAUGAUUAUGAAGAUUAUGGUGUCCUGGGCUCCCCCAUUAUCACAUCAGGGAGACAUUACUGGGAGGUAGAUGUGUCAAGGAAAUGUGCCUGGAUCCUGGGGGUAUAUAGUGAAAGACGGCCUGAAUAUACUUUGAAGUUACCAGUUAAAAUUAGUGGAAAUUGUCAAAAUGUUUACUCGAGAUAUCAACCUAAAUAUGGCUACUGGGUCAUAUGGUUAAAUCAUGAUUCUGUAUAUAAUGCCUUUAAAGAUUCUUCCUCCUCAGAUCCCUUGAUUUUAACCCUCUGUCUGAGUGUUCCUCCCCAUCGUAUUGGGGUUUUCCUAGACUAUAAGGCUGGCACGGUCUUAUUUCUCAACGUCACAAACCACGGGUUUCCCAUUUAUAAAUUCUCUUCAUGUUCUUUUUCUCAGAAAACAUUUCCAUAUUUCAGUCCUAUGAAAUGUGAUGCCCCCAUGACUCUGUGCUCACCAAGCUCUUGA